AUGGCAUAUACAACUACAAGUUCACAUCAACGACCAACAUAUUCAGGUAGUUCUCGAGAUAAUUAUCAAUAUCAAAAGCCAACAUAUUCGCAACAACAACCAUCAUAUUCAUUUGCACAAGAACGUCAUAUUUAUGAAGAACAACCACAUUAUACCAAUGCACAAACUAUUUCAAGGCAAUAUCCUGAUGGAGACAAUCGUCGAAAUGAUCGGGUUCAAUACCAUGUCAAAGUGAACGUAACAUAUAGUAGUGGUGAUGGUGAUUUUAAUCGAUCAACAAGUACUACUACAAAAAUUGCUAAUGGUCAUACACCAUAUCAAUAUGAGCCAUAUCGUAGUAGUAGUGCUGGUCGAGAUAAAAUUUCAUGUCAUAAUUGUGAUCGAAAUUUAGCUGGUUCGCGAUAUAUACUUAAAGAUGAUCGUCCUUAUUGUAUAAAAUGUUAUGAAGAUCGUUUUGCUAAUACAUGUGAUGAAUGUCGAAGAAAAAUUGGUACUGAUUCAAAAGAUCUUUCAUAUAGAGAUCGUCAUUGGCAUGAAAAAUGUUUUUUUUGUUCAAUGUGUAAAACACCACUUGUCGAUAAACCAUUUGCUUGUAUAAAUGAAAAACUUUAUUGUGGAGAAUGUUAUAAUCAACAAUUUGCUACACGUUGUGAUAAAUGUCAUCAAAUAUUUAGACCAGGAACUAAAAAACUUGAAUAUCGUGGACAACAAUUUCAUGAACAUUGUUUUACUUGUUAUUCAUGUUCACAACCUAUUGGUACAAAAAGUUUUAUUCCAAGAGAUCAAAAAAGUUAUUGUAUUCCAUGUUAUGAACAACAUUUUGCAACUAAAUGUACUGGUUGUCUUAAGGUCAUAAGUCAAGGUGGUGUAACUUACAAAGAUCAACCAUGGCAUCGUGAAUGUUUUACAUGUACGAAUUGUAAAAAUUCUUUAGCUUCACAACGUUUUACAGCACGUGAUGGUCAUCCAUAUUGUUCCGAUUGUUUUGCUCGACUUUUUGCUAAAAGAUGUUUUGCAUGCGCUAAACCAAUAACUGGUGUUGGUGGUACACGUUAUAUAUCAUUUGAAGAUCGUCAUUGGCAUAAUGAUUGUUUUGCAUGUCAACGUUGUCGAAGUUCACUUGUUGGUCGAGGUUUUCUUACUGAAGGACCUAAUAUUAUUUGUCCUGAUUGUGGUAAACGAGAAUCUUCCUAUGAAAGAGACAAUAAUGAUUAUGCAACUAGACAUCGUACUGUUAUUAGUUAUCAUCAUAGAACAAAUUAA